UUCCUCAAAUAUCAUCUUCAACUGAAGUGUGUGAUUGAUAGUUUAACUAUUGUAGCUGCAGUUCUUUUUGAUCUCAAACGGCAACUCGGUUCAUUGAAUCUUGGGUUAAUGAUGAAAUUCCUUCCAUGAAUGGGACCCGAUGGCUUCCACUAUUGCAGAGUACAAAAAUAGAAGAGCAGAAGAAGCUCUGUAGCAUCUUUGACAAUUGAUAGAUGCAGAGUAUAUAGAGUGAGUAAAUGAAAUGAAGAAGGCAUUUCAUCAUCAUAUUGAUCGGUCCAAAGAAAAGAACAAAUCCUGCUGCGGCCAACUCAGAAUUUAAAAUUCAAAAUCACAAAAGGCACAAAGGUAGAUUUAUAGUUAUAGUAGUAAGUAGUAUUGUUGAAUUGAGCGCGCUCCCAUCCCAUGUGACUGCGAGUCAGAUUUUCAGUUCAUGUGGUCACACAUCCCUGUGCAAAAAUCCCGCCCUCACAUUCACAAUGAUAAAGGGAAGGCACUAAAAUAAUUGUCCCAGCCCACCAAUAAUUGAAGUUUGUGCCACAUAACAUAUUAUCGCUUGCCUGUUCAUUCUUCCAAAGGUUGCUCUCUUUAAUUUCGAUACACAAUAUGUGGAGCAACCUUCCCUUUGAUCUCCUAGCUAACAUCUUCUCCUUCCUUUCCCCUGACUCCUUGGCCUGCGCCAAAUCCUCCUGCCGCCAUUGGCAUCAAUGUGCUAGGUACUUGGCCACGCCGGAGUCGCAGCGGCGGCAUCCACCAUGGUUCAUAGCCUUGCCUAAUCGCAGCCGCGGUCUCUUUUGCUGUGCUUAUAAUCCAAUUGACGACAGCAACAGCAGCAGCAGUUGGUACAUGCUACCGCUUGACUUUCUCCCCAUCCCGACCCGACCCGUUUCUGCAACAGCUGGCCUAGUUCUUCUAAGAUCAACUAGCACUACGCCUUUUCAAUUAGCCAUAUGCAACCCUUUUACCAGGCAAUUUCGGCACCUGCCGACGCUAAAUGUCACCAGGAUUAAUGCAGCAGUUGGGGUCAUCGAAUUGGAUCCAGGCCAUCAAUUCGGCGAGCUCAACUUCAGGGCCUAUGUUGCCGGUGGCAUGUCUGAAGCGCCGGGCGGCGGCGCGUUAUACGAGCCAAAGGUGGAAAUGUACGAUUCGCGGUGUGACACGUGGAAGGUUAUCGGAUCAAUGCCAGUGGAAUUUGCAGUGAGACUAACAGUUUGGACACCCAGUGAAAGCGUGUACUCCAAUGGGAUCCUGUACUGGAUGACAUCAGCCAGAGCCUAUAGUGUGAUGGGAUUCGAGAUUGCCACAAAUAGCUGGAGAGAAUUGAGUGUGCCGGUUGCUGAUAGGCUGGAAUUCGCAGCAUUGGUGCAGAGAAAUGGGAAGCUGACGCUCCUUGGUGGCAAGUGUGGUGGUGAUGCGUGUAUAUGGGAGCUGGGAGAAGGGGAUGUAUGGCGUAUGAUUGAGAAGGUGCCAUUUGAAUUAGGGAUGAGAUUUUUGGGAGGAAAAGGCUGUUGGGAUAGCACCAAAUGUGUUGGCAAUAAUGGGAUAGUUUGCCUGUACAAGGAUCUUGGAUCAGGCAUGUUAGUUUGGAGGGAAGUUGUAGAUGAGGGCAGGUGGGAAUGGUUUUGGAUUGAUGGAUGUUGUUCGAUAAGAGGCCAGCAACUGCAGAAUUUUCAGAUUAAAGGACUCCUGCUACAUCCAAAUCUUGCUCAUUCCUCCCUCCUCAAUGCAUAAGCUUGAUUUGUUAUUCCGUCGCUUCUUUGUUGGUGUUUCUUAUUCUUCCUCUUCCGAUAAUAUCAGUUGUAAUUUUCAGCUACAUAUCAGUUAAUCAUGUACGAUUGAAUUCAAAAUUCAGGUGCGAAUUGCCAAGUUCUUUUUCAGUUGGAAACGUAUUGGCGGCUUGGCUCCCGCAACCGCCUCCAGAAGGAGUCACUCAAAGUAGAAUCUUUUGCACCGAAGGCCUCAAGAAAGUAGAAGAUACUGCAAUCGGUAGUAGUGAUUAGUGAAGGCAUGGAAUUUGGUUCGCUAAUGCCAUAUGUCAAGACAGAAACAUCCAUACUCGAUCAUAGACUAUAGGGAGUUAGUUGUUCACUGUAAACUGUCAUUCUCUUCAUCAAGCAAUAAAUUGAAUUCGCCUGCGGGCCUUGAUUGGCUCAGCAGUGGUUCUGCA